AUGUCCGCCAGAGCCUCAGAUUCAACUUCUCCCGCAGGGAGAGUAACAUUCUACAGUUAUUUACUCGGAUCUCUUUCGACAGCUCUUUCUCUACUGCACGAGGUAGAGCAAAAGCUCAAAGUCACAGCAUCCGGGAAAUGCCACAGAAAAAACGAGGGAUUGGAUGGCCGUGCUCCUCCUACGGUGCCGCGAGGAGUCACUAGUUGCAUAUUUGGCCAGAUCGCCUCCAUCUUCGAACCCGGAGUCUCACGGACUCGCCUGUUUUCUUUGGUGGAAAUUUUUUCCGGCACCUGCACUGCCUUCUCAUUCAACAGCAAACACAGCUUGCUACAUCUAUAUCACAUCUGCCUUCGCCGUGUCUCCCUUCGUCAUCGGUUCCAUCCUAUCUUGAUCACCGUCACAAGCAUGGUUGGAGAUAUUGGCUGCAGGAUCAUCGUGCAGGAUGUAGACUGCCACCUUGGCAAUCUGGAAGACGGGGAUGACUCCAUCUCGCCGAAAAUGACCCACAAUCAGCUGGGCCUGUCCUCCCCAUUCUCCGACUCGUUUCCUCCUCUGAUGAACCCCACAUUCCCUUCUGCGGAGGAUUUGGCCCUUUAUACCCAGGGGCUUCUCCGUUCAAGACGAUCUUCAGAGACGGCGCUCACCGCCGCUCUUCCUCCUUUUGCUCAUAGAGAACGGUCCGCAUCCAUUAACAGUACAGGGGGUCACCGAAGAGUUUUUAGCUCUUCAGCCUUGUUUGCGAACAAUGAGGGUGCAUCUCUCGCGCAAUGCAACGACUUUCUUUCUCCACACCAAGACUAUCAAAGACAAGCACAACCUUCUUUACAAGUGAUCACCGACUUGUCAUAUGACACUUGCAUCCUGUCUCCGUGUUCUGCAUCCCCAGCGCUGACUCCCGCGAGCUCAUCUUCGUCAUCAUUUGGCUCACCCGAAGAAUUUCGCAAUCAACGUUCUGCUCUGUCCGACUACAGUGAUUCGAGUGUGGUUUCGCCGCCAUAUGGGUGCGAUGGGACCGAUACUGUUUAUCAAACCCCAUCCUCUCUUCUAUUUCAUCCGGAUUCUUCGCGUGGGCGUACGUUGUGGCGACCAGAUGUUUACCUUACUCCUAGUCUGAAUUCUCGUUCCCCAAGUUUGGCUAGCAUGCCAAACAUGGGCGACUUGGACCAUGAUAUCUUCCGAUCCAGAGAACCAAGCAUGGCGCGCAGUAUCCAUUCUGACAACGGGAUCGAUUUUCUGACGCUGAAGCAGCUUGAUCUCAAUCCGGUCGAUGUCUCUCCUGCACUCGUCGCUACGUCAGAGAUAUUUGGCACGGAGCAGGAGACCAGUCACACUGCAACAGACCCUUCAUCGGCAUCGUUAACGUCAUAUCGAGAACAGGUUGCAUCUGACGCUGUGACACGGGCCAGUCAGAGCCGUCGGACUAAUGCAGCAAACUAUGUGUGUGAACAGUGUAAACAGACGUUUACGGCCAAGCAUAACUUGCACAACCACCUCAAUUCUCAUUAUGGAGUCCGGAAUUUUCAGUGUCCUAUACCCGGUUGCAAUAAAGCAUUCGGGACGAGCCACGUUCGACGUCGUCAUUUGGUCAAAUGUCAUUCCGGAAGCAUUGAAGCUAAGAGGCGUAAACCGUGUAAACGACGCCUUUCAUGACGAUAUCCCCAUCUUGCCUUUACGCGUCCUUAACCAUCAGUCCUGUAUUAUUUCUACUUUUUCCCUGCUAGAUGUGCUUUGUUAGACUUGCUGUGACGUCCGCAUACUAAACGAUCAUAAUCCUCAAGUAUCUUUGUAGCUGAUCUUUGUAUUACUUAUUGUUUUUUUUUUUUUUCGUUUUCACUCGCUACCUGUCAUUUGAAUAAUCUUGAAUGCAUUGUGCAUGCAGGCGUGCCUCAAGA